AUGGGUAUCCGAGGGUUGUGGACGUAUAUAGAAAGUAAAGGUGAAGAUUUAUCCAUCUAUGAAUUGCAUAACCAGCCUUUAGUUAUUGAUGCUGAGAACUUUGCUACCGCCUGUUAUCGUGAAGCUGCUUUGCGAUGUGAAUUUGGUGGAGAGUAUUUGGCAUUUAAGAGUUAUGUGCAGUCAUUGUUAAAAGAGUUUAGUAUCUGUGGUGUGGAGCCAAUUUUCGUUUUCGGUGGAUGUCAUCCGAAAGAGAGAACAAAAUUGGAUACUUUGAUGAAGCGGAACAAGGAGUACUUUAAACAACUCUCAUCAGCUCUUCGUGAUGUUAAGUCAACUUAUAGCACACUGUUGAACAUUGACAUGAAUCCACGACUUGAUAGAAAUGUUCUGGUUGAAAUUCUGCGUGAAUCUUCAGUUCGAUACAUAGCAUGUGAACGUGAAGCUGAUAUCAGUACAGCAGAACUUGCUGUUCAUCUUCAAUGUCCUGUUACCAGUAAUGAUUCUGAUUUUUUUAUUUAUCGACCAGAUGAUAAUAAUCAAGUGUAUAAUUUUAUUCCAUUUUCAACUGUUUCACGUUAUUCUAAGAAGAGAUUCAUUUCUUGUUCUAUUUGUAAACGGAGUGGUGCUUCAUGUUAUGUCAUGUCGUGUUCAAUUCUUAAUAAUUCAGGACCAUUUUCUAAACUCAAGUAUCCUAUGUUACCACUUUUUGCCAUUCUCGUUGGUAAUGACAUGAUAUCAAAUAUUCGCCUUCCAACUAUCAUCGAUUCACUAAUCCGUACUUCUAAACUACAGAGCAGCAGGUCCCACAGUCACAGACGUAUCGAUGCUAUAUUUAACUGGCUGUUAAGAUUCCGUGACAUAGAAGAACCAUUGUCAUUGGUAUUGUCACUUUACGGGGAAAACGAAAGGGAUGGUAUUGGAAAGACAAUUCGUUUGAGGAUUUCGGAUUAUGUUCUAAGUAGUUCAGGAGAAAACCUGGCUCGUGAAUUAGUCUUUUCAACUGAACACAAUAUCUCAUCAAGUGUUUCGUUGUCAAGCAAGAUGGGAAAUUUGAGCAUUCAGGAUCCCACAACUUAUCGGGGUUCUUACAGUGAAGAUGCUUCCAAAUUUUGUAAACCUAUAUUGGAGAGAAAUGAUGAUGAUGAUGAUGAUGAAGACAGUAUAUUUCACCGUUGGCCGAAAGAAUUGAUUAGACGAUUUAGAUUUCUGGAUUUAAUCCCAUCCCUACUUGACCACAUGUAUGUACGAAAUGGUGCUUUUUCUCGUCUAGUAAUGGAGGACAUAAAGAUUCCUAAUUCGCUUGAUGAAUGUAUGUCGAAGAUGAGAAGUGCUAUAAAUGGACUUAUAUAUGGACUUGAAAACCACUUGGACACCAGUGGAAAGUUAUGUGGAAUGGAGAAUGAGUGUGUCAGUGAGUAUAGAAGAAACGUGGAUGGUGAUUUGACGAAGAUUUUAAUUUCGGUGAAGCCUCUGAAACCCCCUAGUGCUGAGACGCCUGAAUUGUCGUUCUUAUCUUUCUUCUCGAAAUUUUUCAAUGUGAAUUUGGAGAAAGAUUUUAAGCCUCUUGAAGUACAAGGUUUGGCUAUUUUAUUAGUUCUAUGGUUCAGAUGUUCAUCUCAUGCCCAAAACGAAGCUAAAAACAUUAAGACAUCGCCUGUUGCACUUGCGUUGUCAUGUUGUACAAUCGCAAUGAAUUCAAAUCGUGAAUUUCUCGGUAGAAAUCGUGAUGGUGAUGGAGAUUUCGCUAACUCCAUUCGCACACAUCUCGAUAAGUGUGCUGAUGUGGCCAAAUCAAAUUGUUGUCAAGAAGUAAAUAAACGUUCCUUUUGUAUUGAGCAAGUUCACCAACUUAAUGAAUUGCAAAGUAUGGCCACUGGUUUAAAGCAUUUAGUUGCAAUGAUUGAGGUGCUUUGUCCGUUUUAUAUGUCAAAUAGUAAUAAAUUUGAUAGUUGUUCACAUUUCCGAAAUCCUUUCAUAAGCUUUUAUCCAUUUUGGAUGUUAUUUGCCAGUGGACGUCUUUUAUAUUGGAUUAGUCGACUUCUACAAAAUAUUGAUCCAUCUGAACGUUUCCAUAAAGUCCUGAAUGAGUGGCUUCCAAAAUUGCUUAUAAGGACCAAUUCUGGACGUGAACAAGAAGAUUGCGCCUCGAAAGAUCUUACCAAACUUUUCAACCUAAUUGAUAAGUUGAACUCUUGAGAUCUACUUACUCAUGGUUCAGUUUCUACUAUUAUCA